AUGAAGAAACUCGUGUUACUUUUACAAACAUUACUCUUCGUUUCAAUCGCCAAAGGAUUUACAAACAUUUAUCCUAAACCAAAGAAUUAUCCGCUUCAGAAUGAAGAAGACUGCGGUACACCCCUUUUUCUGACACCUCUUAUUGAAAGUGGUAAAAUAGAUGAGGCUCGCAAUAAAGCCUCUGUACAAUACAAAGAAAUGGACGAUAUAAGCAGCUAUGCUGGUUAUUUAACUGUCAACAAACAGUAUAAUUCGAACAUGUUCUUUUGGUUUUUCCCGGCCUUGCAUAAUCCAAAAACCGCUCCUGUAGUAUUAUGGCUACAAGGUGGUCCUGGUGCCACAUCCAUGUUUGGUUUAUUCUUGGAAAAUGGUCCAUUUAUAGUUACUAAAAAUAAAACUCUUGAAAUGCGUGAAUACUCUUGGAACAAGUGUCAUAAUUUGCUUUAUAUUGAUAAUCCAGUUGGCACUGGAUUUAGUUUCACAAAGGAUGAAAAAGGCUAUGCUACCAAUGAAACAAACGUAGGAAGGGAUAUACAUACUGCGUUAGUUCAGUUCUUUAAGUUAUUCCCAGAGCUUCAAACUAAUGACUUUUAUGUCACUGGCGAGUCAUAUGGAGGAAAAUAUGUACCAGCUGUAUCUCAUGCUAUUAAAGAUUACAAUAUCAAUGCACAGACAAAAAUAAAUUUAAAAGGUUUAGCAAUUGGGAAUGGAUUUACUGAUCCAGUGAAUCAAUUGCUAUAUGGGGAUUAUUUGUAUCAGAUAGGCUUACUUGAUGCAAAUGGCAGAGAUCAGUUUCAUAAAUAUGAAGAAAAGUGUAAAAAUUUAAUCGAGCAAAAGAAAUAUAUACAAGCCUUCUAUUUGUUUGAUGAGCUUCUUGAUUGUGAUUUCAGUAAACAACCUUCAUUGUUUAACAAUUUGACUGGUUUCAAUUAUUACUUUAACUUUUUGCAUCCUCAAGAACCAAAUAACGAUUCUGAUUAUAUGAUACAAUGGCUUCAAACAGCAGAUGUUAGAAAAGCCUUACAUGUUGGCAAUAUAACUUUCAAUGCUGAAUCUAAGAAAGUAGAGGAAUAUUUGAUAAGUGAUGUUAUGCAGUCUUUGGCAAGUCUUAUAGAGGAUCUUGUUCAACAUUAUAAAGUACUUAUAUACAAUGGACAACUUGAUAUUAUUGUGGCAUAUCCUUUGACAGAAAAAUAUAUUCAAAACUUGAAAUGGCCUGGAGCAGAGAAGUACAAAACAGCCAAAAGGAAAAUAUGGUACGUUGGAAAUGAAUUGGCUGGGUAUUCAAAGACUGUUGAUAAUUUGACAGAGGUUUUAGUAAGAAAUGCAGGACAUUUAGUUCCUAGUGAUCAGCCAAAAUGGGCUCUUGAUCUCAUCACUCGAUUUACACACAAUAAAAGUUUUUAAAUACUUAAUUAUUUUGUUAAGACAUGUAA